GCGGAGGGCGGGGCCGGCCAGCCGAGGGGUUAUAAUGCCCGCCGAGGCAGGAGCGCGGCUGCCGCGGCUGGGAAUUCAUCGCUCACGGCCAUGGGCGGAAAGAAAGUUUGCAUCGUGGGCUCCGGCAACUGGGGUUCAGCAAUUGCCAAGAUUGUGGGCAGCAAUGCAGCCAGACUGGAUAUGUUUGACACCACCGUGAAGAUGUGGGUGUUUGAAGAAGAGAUUGCUGGCCAGAAGCUCACUGAGAUCAUCAACACACAGCAUGAGAACGUCAAGUAUUUGCCCGGCCAUAAACUUCCGCCCAAUGUGGUUGCUGUGCCUGAUGUAUUAAAAGCUUCCGCUGAUGCAGACAUCCUCAUUUUUGUGGUGCCCCACCAAUUCAUCGGGAAGCUCUGCGAACAGAUGAAGGGACAUAUCAAGAAAGAAGCAAUAGGCAUCUCACUCAUCAAGGGUGUGGACGAAGGUCCUGACGGGCUGAAGCUGAUCUCAGACAUCAUCCGUGAGCAGCUAAGCAUUGAAAUGAGUGUGCUGAUGGGAGCCAACAUAGCUAAUGAAGUGGCAGAGGAGAAGUUCUGUGAAACCACCAUUGGCUGCAAGAACCUACAGCAUGGACAGAUUCUGAAGGAACUGAUGCAGACACCCAACUUCCGAAUUACAGUGGUACAGGAAGCGGACACAGUAGAGCUCUGUGGUGCUCUCAAGAACGUGGUGGCUGUUGGAGCUGGGUUCUGUGAUGGGUUGGGCUUUGGAGACAACACCAAGGCCGCUGUUAUUCGUCUGGGCCUGAUGGAGAUGAUUGCCUUUGCCAAGCUCUUCUGCAAGGGACCUGUCACAUGUUCCACCUUCCUAGAGAGUUGUGGGGUUGCUGAUCUAAUUACCACGUGUUAUGGAGGCCGUAACCGUAAAGUAGCCGAGGCGUUUGCCAAGACUGGCAAGUCUAUCGAGCAACUGGAAAAUGAGAUGCUCCAUGGACAGAAACUGCAGGGUCCUCAGACAUCAGCAGAGCUGCAUCACAUUCUGAAGCACAGGAAUCUGACAGACAAAUUCCCACUCUUCACCGCUGUCUAUGAGAUCUGCUACAAAAACAAACCUGUUUCUGAGUUUAUUACAUGUCUUCAGGCCCACCCUGAACACUUGUGACUGCCUUUAACUUCUCUCCAGCAAGAAGCAGAAAGAUCUCUCUCCCCACCAGACUGCCACCCUAACAAGGGAAAGGAACCAAGAACAACCAUGGCAGUCUAAAGCAAAGCAUGCUUGCGUGGCAUCCAAUGCUCACCAGCCAUAGAACUCUGGAUCAAAGGAGGAGAUUCCUAUCCUUUUCCAGGCCUGACUUUGGUAUCUGCUGAAUUGUCUAGGCUGACAAUCCUGCCUGUCUCAUUAGCUCUCAGUUCUUGUUAGAGUAAAUCUCCUCCUUCCUCUCGUAAUAUCCACAGCAGCUUUGGCCCUUACCUUCUCUCUUAAAGAAAUGUUUCCAUGCCCUGCCUCAUCUCUGCUCUAUUUCUCUGACCUGAGUUUAACUGGCUUCAAACUGGAUUCUUGAUAGUUUUACUUGGCUAAAAAGUCUGUUAAAACCAUGGAAUAAAUUCUUAUUUUGCGCCUCAGAUCAGAAGUACUGUACCGGCCAUAUUUAACACUAAAAGCUAAUUCCAGGGUCCUUUUUUUCAAGACAAGGCAUAAAAUCUCAGUAUUCUUGAUAUCCAUCAGUAUGGGAAAGCUCAUCGUGAAUGGGAAUCUUGUUAUUUUGAAUAAUAAAUCUUGAAAUGAGAAA